AUGGAGGAUUUUUUCAUGUACUACUCCUCACUGAACGAAAGCUACAAUCACAGCUCCAUCUCUGAUGACUACAGUGACUAUGACUAUGGAGACUAUGACCACUUGAUGAACCUUGAUUUGAUCCCGCGUGUAAUGACAUACGUUAUCAUUGGGGUUGGCAUGCCAUUGACCCUUGUGGCCAUUUAUUUUGUCUUUUCUCUGGUGCGAAAUGAUCACCUUGCUCCCAUCUACGUCAUCAACAUCAUGAUUUCUGACCUCAUUCAGUUCUGCUGUUUGCUCAUCACUGAGGUAGCACCUUGGUACUGGGACUCAUACAUCGCCUCGUAUACUCGUGAAAUUGGUGUGCUGACCAGUGUUGGCUUCAUGGUGUGUCUCUCGCUGGAGAGGUAUUUGGUGAUCGCCCACCCACUGUGGUACCGUGACAAACGAUCCAUUAAACUCACUGUGCUGGUCUGUCUCAUGGUCUGGGCCAGUUCCAUUGUAAUUGUCUUGUCAUAUGAUUUUAUGCUCAUUGCUUUCCUCCUUCCCUUCCCGCUGCUUAUUUUCUUCCUGGUUGGGACCCUCAGAGCCCUCUCCUCUGUUGCCUCAGUCCACUCUGAUGAAAAACGACGAAUUGUGGGAACUUUAGUCCUGGUUCUGCUCAUGUACACACUGUUGUUUCUGCCCGUCAUCAUUCAUUUCCUGCCAAAGGAAUCUUUUAACUUCACUCAGUUUUACACUCUGUACAUCCUGGCUGACAUUUGUCUAAGAUUGAAUCCUCUUGCAGACUUAAUCCUGUAUGUUUUCAUGAGGAAAGGGACCAUAGAUAGGUGUUUAACCCGUGUGUGUUGUUGCAGAAUGGAGAGCAGUGAUACUGUGCUAAAAAAUCGUGCUGCUCCAGUCUACGCCAUCAACCUUCUCAUUGCCGACCUCAUUCAGCUCUGCGGCAUAAUUGCUGACAUGACAUUUGAUUUUAACUACAGACCUUUUGUCUUCAUUUACAUCUACUCUCUGAUGGCCAGGGUUGGCUCCAUGGUGUGUCUCUCAUUGGACAGGUAA